AUGACCUCCUGUCCUGCGGAUCCGACAACGGACUUGGAACCGCCAUACACUGUCAACCACGAGCGCGAGUUUUACAAAUACUUCCAGCCCGUCAGACUUGGACUGGCCGGCCUGUCGGCGCAGAGAGACCAAUUUAGUCCGCGACGAGCUCGCACGUCACCCGACCGGGCACUGACGGCCUUCGCCCAGCUGGCCACUCUCCGACUGAACUGCAAACGUGCAGUCAUCUCGUUCUUCGAUAGAGACUACCAGUAUAUUGUCGCCGAAGCCACCAAGUCGCUUAGCAUGCAGACUGAGUCCAUCCAUGAGCCAGGCGAUCAGAUAGACUAUGGUGUUACCAUGGUUCCUAGGAGAGGGAGUAUUUGUGAACACACGAUCAACCAUCCGUCCGACGACUCCAAUAAGACCAAGGACGAGACGGUCUUUGUGGUUCCCGACUUGUCCAGGGAUAAGAGAUUCAGCGAUAAAACAUAUACCACACAUCAUGGAUGGAGAUUCUAUGCCGGAGUUCCCAUUGUCUCUCCCAACGGCUACAAGAUUGGCGCCUACUGUGUCAUAGAUCCCGAGCCUCGACAAAGCCUUUCCUCCGAAGAAGUGGCCUUCAUGAAGGACAUGGCGACGACGGUCAUGAUACACCUCGACAUGCUUCGCGCACAGUCCGAAAGCAUCAAGAAAGAGAGAAUGGUACAUGGCUUGGGAUGCUUUGUUGAAGGCAAAGAUACUUUGGGCGAUUGGAGACCCCUAGGUGCUGAUCUGGAAACGCCCGAUCAGCAAGACUCAUCCUUACCAUGGGCCGAUCGCCAGUACUCUAGACAUCACGACCAACCGCCGGAUAUCAAGCUGAGCGAUGAGAAGGACUUCCCAUCCCUCUCCGAUGUUGGCGUCCACCUGGACAUCGAAAAGUCGCCUUCAAGACGAGGCUCACACGCUUCUUCUAAUGCAUCAGCACAACCGUCGUCAUCAAUGGAAGACCCUAAGGCGAAGAAGACAUCGCCCACGGGCCACCUUGCGCCCGCAGUCAAAGCGACAUUUGGACGUGCUGCAAACAUCAUCCGAGAGUCUUUGCAAAUAGAUGCCGUUGCCAUAUUCGAUGCUACCGCUAAAUCUACCUUCGGGGGUCUCGUUGGAAGUACCACCCAUGAACGACCCAAGAGAAGGAAGCUAUCAUCGGCUUCCGAGAGUGACGCUCUUACUGGGUCUGGCACAGAGGUGUCUGACUCAGAAAACAAUGAGAACCUAGAUAGGAAAAACGCUGCGAAACCUUCCGAGAUCCUUGGCAUAUCGACAUCUACCAUGAAUAGCGCACGUGGUGAUCAAUCAGCAAAGCUCAUCAAUGGUAUUACUGAAGAGUUUGUACGAUCACUUUUGCGUCGCUAUCCUCAUGGUAAAGUCCUCAACUUCGAUCAGGAUGAAGAUUCGCCACUGGAGCGGGAUAGAGUACCAUCAGAGGCCCUGGACGAUGAAGUUCCGCCGAAGGGCACAACCAAGAGACGCAAGCGGUCGAGAUCCAACGAUGCCAGAACAAUAAAACAGCUGUUCCCAGGCGUGCGCAGCUUUGCCAUUCACCCCAUGUGGGACUCUGACCAGAAGUUCUUCAGUGCUUGUAUAGCCUGGACCAUGGAUCCACAUAGAAUUUUGACCACGCACUCCGAACUUGGUUACCUUGCAGCGUUCAGCGAUUGCAUCAUGAGCGAAGUCGCGAGGAUCAAUGCUAAGAUUGCCGACAAAGCAAAGUCAGACUUCAUCUCAUCCAUCUCACACGAACUACGCAGUCCACUUCAUGGCAUACUUGGCAGCGUGGAAUGUCUCGAAGACUCGACACUCGAUCCAUUCCAGGAGAAUCUUGUACAUACGCUUGCCACCUGCGGCCACACUUUGCUUGACACGAUUGACCAUUUACUUGACUUCGCAAAGAUCAACAAUUUCACUAGGAAGAGUACUCAAACACGCACAAACAGUUCGAAUCCACACGAACAGAAACAGAACUUUGCACUGGAUGUUGAUGUCGACUUGGGUGUGGUCACUGAGGAGGUACUGGAAACAGUCUUUGCUGGUCAUGACUUCAUCAGGGCUGGUCGUGAGACUGAGCAGAUGCCGCGAGCCAACAAGCAAGUUGACGGCGAUGCAAAAAGCUCGGAUGGCGAUCGUAACGUCUCUAUUGUGGUCGACAUCUCGAAGGCUCAGAACUCACAUUGGAUCUUCAGAACUCAGGCUGGAGCAUGGCGUCGUAUCUUGAGCAAUCUGUUUAACAACAGCCUCAAGUACACCACGAGUGGAUUCAUCCAGGUCAAGCUCGAUAGUGAACCAUUGCCUGCUAAGGAACGAGGAGGCAGUUCGAAAGUCACUCUCUCCGUUACUGAUUCUGGAAAAGGCAUGUCGAAAGAGUACCUCGAGAAAAGCCUCUUUACCCCGUUCGCUCAAGAAGAUCCGAUGCAACCCGGCACAGGCUUGGGUUUGGCCAUCAUCUCGGCCAUAAUCAAAUCCAUGGGUGGCGAGAUUGAAGUGGAAAGUGAACAGGGCCAAGGUACCAAGACCACUGUUACCCUGGAAAUGAUGCACACUGCAGUAAAAGAAGAGGAUGUAGAUCGAAGUGUGAUUACGAGUGCGGCUAAGAGGACCAAAGGUCUGAAGAUCGGAUUUAUUGGGUUUGAUGCAGAUUCCUACGAGAAGGAGCCGCAGCCGGGGACACGGUCUCCAGAGAACGCUGGCCAUAGAUUCAUGGCUUCGUUCCACCGAAUGUGCCAAAACUGGUUCGAAAUGGACAUGCAAAUAUCUGACGGCAUUGAUCAGUCUGGGGUCGACGUCUUCCUCACUACUGAAAAGGGCCUCGAACAAGUGCAAGACCAGCUGGAGAAGCGCAUGAAGAGCAAGUCUGACCAGGACGCUCAAAGCAAAGAGGCCGAUAUCCCGUUGCUGGUCAUUUGCAACAGCGUCUCUGCCGCUAAUGCCAUGAUGCACAACCCUAGAUCACACAUUACUGGGGUCUUCGCUCAGCCAUGCGGACCAAGAAAAUUAGCAAAAUCACUCACGCUUUGUUUAGAGGCUCACAAGAAUGCCAAAACAAACGAGCCGAUGCGAUCCAUGCGCAAAGUUUUGGACGACAGCUUAGGAGAUGGCCAGCAACUCCAGGAUUCUUCCUUCCAGAAAGUUUUGGAAUCGGAGAAUCACGCCAUGAGCGAGCAGGCAAAGGAAAAAGGCCACUUCGGAGAUGCUCCACUAAGACACCCCCGGCUAGACACAGUGGAGAUAGCGCAAGGGAAUUCUAGGAUGCCUAAGCUGAACACGUCUCCGCUCAAUAACUCUAGCUCUCCCGCCUCACCAGCACCAACGGCUGGAUCCAUAAGUCCUUUUUCCAGGACAAAUUCGGACUCUGACAAACCUGUCCGUAAAGUACUUCUGGUAGACGACAAUAGGGUGAAUCUGCAGUUACUAGUCACCUACAUGAAGAAGAGCGGCCACGCAUACAUGACAGCAAGCAACGGACUCGAAGCCCUGGAAGCAUACAAAUCACAAUGCGAGCAAGCCAGUGACAAGGACGAGAUGGCAGAUUCACCCUUUGAUUAUAUCCUCAUGGAUCUAUCGAUGCCCAUCAUGGACGGCUUGACCUCGACCCGCAAUAUCCGUGCUCACGAGCGCGCCAACAAUAUCAAACCUACCACAGUGGUUGCACUCACCGGGCUCGCCAGUGCACAAGCACAACAAGACGCCUACUCAUCUGGAAUAGAUUCUUUCUUGACAAAACCUGUUCGACUCAAGCAAUUGGGUCAAAUGCUGGAUACCGGUACCUUGAGCAACGGAGAGGGAGAAAAGAACAAGGACCAGAAGAAUGAGGAUAUCGAGAAGGGCAAGGAAAAGGACAUUAAGAAGGAGAAGAGUCAGGAGCAGAAGCAAUGA